UGGGGCCCCCGGACAAUAAGGGAUCAUGGGGCCCCUGUGUCCUCGCCCACACCCAAAAAAGCCUAUGAAAAAGCCAAUGAAAGUUUUGUUUCUGGGGGGUUAACCCCUUACUCUGGGCUUAAGAGGAGCAUUAUGUCCUCCUCCUUUGAGUGACUGUGAUUUUAUGUUGGACUCAGGGGCGGACUGACAACUCAUGGGGCCCCCGGGCAAUAGGGGAUCAUGGGGCCCCUGUGUCCUUGCCCAAACUCAAAAAAGCCUAUGAAAAAGGUACCAGGGGCAUCUCAUAGGGCCCCCUACUGACCCUGGGCCCUCGGGCAGUCCCCGAGUUUCCAAAUGGUCAGUCCGCCCCUG